AUCGGUGGCAGGGAAUGAAAGCGACUCUGACAGAAUUCCCAUGAAAACUGGGUUAACCUGAGAGAGAGAGAGAGAGAGAGAGAGACGUGGGAGCUCGGAAGAAAGGUUGCAGAAUCCAGAGUUUCGUGCUUGCCAUCAUUUUCUUGCUGCUCAAAUCCAACUAACGCUUCUUCCAUGGCAUGGCAGCAAGGCAGCCAGCCCACGAACGAUCCUUCACCUUCCCACACACCAGCUCUGCAGCAGUCCUCCGCAGCCAUAAGUACCAUCAGCAGAUCGUACAUUUGUUAAUUUUCUUUGCAGUAGACUUCCUGUGCAAGUUGUGGUAAUGUAAACCUGAGAAAAACGGGAUUGACCACGGAUCACAGCGAAAGUGUCAAUCCAGACAGGGACGCGGCCAAGGACGCGAGGGGACCUCAUCCCCUUCUCUUCGGAAUUGCUCGUAAAUGACGAUACUUCGCUCUACACAUGGGCAUAGCAUCUUUCUGAAUAUUGGCGGGGGCAGAAGGAAUGAAUUGUCUCUCUGACGAGAUGUUCGGCAAUCUUUACUUGACAUUGUGCGGACGCGAUCUCUUCGUGGGUAGUGGAAAUUUUCCGCUGUUGCGAUAAUUCUGGAGUAUUUCACGAAGGGGAAUUUUUGCGUCCCGGAGAAUCGUAGUGCUAGUGCGUUGUCGGUCGUUAUUGGAGGCGUAGCUUAUUUUAUGGAUCAAAGUAUCUUGCGGUUGGAUUUUGAAGCGGAGAGAUUCGAUGGGAUUUAGAAGAGGUUGGCGAUAUUGGCUUCACACUACUUAAGUGAUUGUUUUAGAAGAUGAUUCAGUCCUGUAGGAUCCAUCCUCAGCAAUCGGUUCUCUUUUAGUUUAAUGAUCAACCAAAUCGAUUACGCUUGCUAGUUUAUUCUGAGUUUGACUCGACAAGAGCUGAAAGUAAGCGGGAGCACGUGUUCAAACAAGUUUAUCAGGUGAAUCCUGUGUGCAAGAGUAUGUGUAUUUCUUAAUAUAUGUGUGAGAGGUGCAACCAAUUCCUCUAAUGGACGAAGCAUUUGGGGAUCCCGGUUCGCAUGGCAGAGCUGGAGAUGGAGAGAAACAGGUCUCACCAGUUCGUGAAAGCAGACUUUCAGCACUGCGAAGGACAGAUUCUGUUGUUCAAGGUGGAUUUUCUAGCUCAGGUCGAACGACACCCACUCUUCUACAACGCUCAAAUUCUAUGAGUGCGGAUAAGUUGUGGUCGAACUCACAACAAUCAGGACUCUCUUCCCCAACUACACGCAGCCGACAGAAUGCAGCAUUUAGGACUCAGGCUGGUCCACCUCCUAGUCCAAGAAGCGAUCUCCUCUCCAGGCCCCAUUCUCCAGUUCCUCGAUCUCCUCGGGCUUUACCUCCUGAAACGUCGCUUCCGGAAUCUGGAAGAGGAAGUCCAAGAUUUAUAUCAUUAUCCAGUCAGUCGGCAUUCCAACAGUUUACUGGAGGUAAUACCUUUUCAAUGAAAGGGCGAGGACGCAUACUGAAGAGAGGUGGCACCGUGUUCUUUGUGACUUUGUUUUUGUGGUUUGCACUUAACUGGUGGUACUUAUCCAGCUUUCAACAGUCCGCUUUGCAAUCGCUCGAGAACUUGGAGACUCCACAAGCAGAUUCUGUGAGUUUGACAAUCCUCAUUUGGAACAGCUCAUGUGCACUACCAGAAACAUAUAUAUUUACCUACUGCAACAAGCAUACUACUUUGUCAAUUGCAACGCUUAAAUGUCCUUUUGUGGUACGCCAAGUCGGUGUUGUCAAUCGAUCCUCCGCAGUCUUAUAUGAACGCAUGCUUGCAUUGGCAGCACAUGAACUUGCUGAGAAUGAGUUCAAGCCCGAGCCGGAUGUUUUGUGGGAGGAGCCAACUCAGAAUGCCAUUACAUGGCUUCCUUGUGCAAAUCAAAGAGCUGAGGAUCACAUUCCUCCUCCGCCACUCGAGCAUAUGACCGGCUAUAUCAUGAUCAAUGCUAAUGGCGGCCUCAACCAGCAGCGUGUUGCGAUCUGUAAUGGUGUGGCGGUGACACGUUUGUUGAAUGCCUCUUUGGUUUUACCUAGAUUUUUAUUCAACAGUGUAUGGAGAGACUCAAGUCAGUUCGGGGAUAUAUACGACGAAGCUUACUUUAUGAACCACUUAAAAGAGGAUGUGCGAAUAGUUAAAGAGCUGCCUCUUGAGCUGCAAUCCUUGGAUCUUGAGGCAAUUGAAGCCGUGGUGACAGAAAUCGAUGUCCCGAAGGAAGCGAAGCCCAGCUUUUACCUCAAGCACAUUCUUCCUUUGUUGAUGGAGAAGCAGGUGGUACUUUUUGAAGGUUUUGGUAAUCGUUUGGCCUUUGACCCCGUGCCCUUUGAUAUUCAGAGAUUGAGAUGCCGCUGCAACUUCCAUGCGCUUAAGUUUGUGCCGAAGUUACUAGAACUGGGAGGUUUGAUUGUGGAGAGAAUGCGAGACAAACAUCCUCGCUGGGGUCCCAAUGAUGAUGACUUUGAUGCUGAAGAAAACCCGCAUCUAUCAGGAACCGAAAGAAUUCCCAUACGAUCGGCGAAGCCUGUUCCCAAGUAUCUGGCUGUGCACAUGCGCUUUGAGAUGGACAUGGUAGCCUAUUCCUUGUGUGAAUUUGGAGGAGGUGAGACAGAAAAGAAGGAGCUUCAAGCUUAUCGUGCUCUGCAUUUCCCAAUCCUUGCGAAGCUUGAACAGGAUGGGAGGUUGGGGACAGCUGAUGUCCAGAGAGAGCUUGGUCAUUGCCCUCUCAUGCCAGAAGAGAGCUUUCUGAUGUUAGCUGCACUGGGCUUCAGAAGAGGAACACGAAUUUUACUCGCAGGAGCACACAUGUAUGGUGGGGAAAAGAAGAUGACCAUUCUUAAGAAUCUGUACCCCAAUAUAGUCACCAAAGAGGAACUCCUAACCCCGGAGGAGCUUGAGCCCCUUCGCAACCACUCAUCCCAGUUGGCAGUGCUGGACUACUUGGGUUGUGCAAUGGCAGACGCAUUUGCUAUGACUGAUUCGGGGAGCCAGCUAUCCUCUCUAGUUUCUGGCCACCGAAUUUACCACGGUUCAGGCCAUCGCCCCACAAUACGCCCUAACAAGAAACGACUUGCUGCUAUAUUCGAGCACAACGCCACCAUUGAAUGGAGCCAUUUUGAGAAUAGAAUUCGUAAAAUGGUGGCGGAGACUAAAAGGAUUGCUGCUCGCCCCAUUUCUCGAAGCGUUUACAGGCAUCCGAGGUGUUUAGAGUGUAUGUGUAAACAUGAGGUUUAGGUGAAACAAAGACUCAAAUUGAUACCAGGUAAGCGGUGAAGCCAAAUUACUGCGUUUAGAAGAAGAUGGAGUAGCCUUGCUCGGCUUUCCCUUUCACCAAUUUAGAGCAGAGUUGGAAUUUUAGCGAGUCUCGAGGCUGCCAAUUUUUGGCGGAAAGAUCUGAUUUUGUGCCACCCCUUCGAAAGUGUACUAAAGGAGAUGUAGCAUUGCAGAAAUAAAAGCAGGGUGAGUGCAAUCAUGUCACGAGGAUACCAUAUUGUUACGCACAAGUCAUCACAAUUCCAAUUCGAAGGAGAUAUUUUCCUAAUCAGGACCCAUCAAACAGUUCACCAUCUGAAUGUACCAAUUGGGGAAUCUCCGUGAUUCUGCUUCUA